AUGUCUUCGGUAGAAAUGGAGCAGCUAAAGACCGUGAUAAAGAAAUGGGAGUACAGUUUCCGGGAAAAGAACGACCGUUUACCUUCGAAACUGGACAUUAAAGCUAAUGCUGAUAUCCACAAGCUCUACCUGAAAUACCGAGCAUUGAAGAGUGGGGGCCACAGUUCCCAUUCCAAGAGGAAUUAUGAAAAUGAGGAUAUAGAAUCUGACCUUAUACCGACAGUGAGGGAGUUGGGCCCAACUCCACAGGCCAAUGGCAAGGUGCUAUCUAUAUUCGAUAUGAGGAUGACGCCACCAGAAUCAUCGCCGUUGAAAUCACGACAGACAAGUGCGAAUCCUUUCACAGAGUUCAAGACUCCUACGAAAGUUCGUGUUAAACACGAGUUAAGGAACACACCAACACGAACAGAUAGAGGCAAGGAGCUGAUUUUCAAUAAACUCAAGAACUUAAGCACAGAGAAUAACCAUUUGGAGACUCCAAAAAAGAAGGAAACCCAAUUGGUUACACCUACACGUAAUCCUGUGAUUGAUUUUCUGGUUUCGCCAUCUCCGCUCAAGUCACAUAGAUUCUUUACAAAGAAGCUCACGGACGUUUUCCACGAAAUCAAGGCGAUGGAAAAUAGUGAUGAACUUGAAAUCGAAGAGAAUGAAGAAGAAGAUAUCCACGAAGAUAUUGACAACGAUAAUGAUGGGAACCAGAAACCAAGACGUAAGAAGUUCACCAUGAAGAGAACUACAAGAAGAUGGAAGAUGAAGCCUACUAUUCAAGCUAAUGUUGACGGAGAUAGCAUUGCGAAAAAGAACAUCCAUGAUGAAAUCAAGAAAUUAGACGACAAGCAAAAGACCGAUUUGGAAGCAUAUAUGGCGUCUGAUGAUGAAUCUGAAGAAGAACCUAUUAUUGUUAAAAAAGCCAAACCCCAAUCGGGGGCUAAGAAGAUCAAGCCUAUGAGCAAUAAUUACCAAAGACUCAAAAUCAACGAUCCACGUUCAAAAGCGUUUAAGAGGAGAAUGUCUAGAAGAUAG